AUGGACUGUUCGCCUCGUGAGGAUGCUUUGGGCACUGUCCUGUUGCAGUCGAGCCUCCAUAUCGCCGACCAUGCUCGCGCAGGGCAGUCGCUGGAGGUGCUCCAGGCUGAAAGCGUCGAAGUGCCGAUCGGUGGCGGCGUGCUCGUGGCUGUAGUUGUUCUGUUUUGCCUCCUGCUGCUGCAUGAGCUGUACGUGGAAACGGGAAGGAAGCCGCUGCUUGCAAGACGCGAUGGCAGCAACUCCACACUUCUUCAGAUAAGCAUUCAACUCACGUGGCUCCUCCCAACAGUGAGCUCCACAGUGGUGAUCCCGGUUUGCCGGGAUUAUGCAAAGGCUGUGGGAGAAUCCGCUACCGCAAGUGGACUCCUGAUUGGCGUUGUUCCCUUGGGUGCGCUGAUCGGCAUGUUGGCCGGAAAGGGCCUGGUUACUGAGAAUGACUGGAAUCAGCGCUAUGCGCGGAAGAUUGUUCUAUACGUCCAUGGACUAUGGAUAUUCUCGAUGCCUGUCAUGGCUCUGAUCAUCCGGGCUUCUGUGGAAUGGAGCCCUCAUGGCAAGCGCCUUUCAUAUUGGGGCGUCUUAUCUCUGUAUUUCCUCACAGUGACUAUUGGUAGUAUGAUGAUGGUUCCAUGGCGCACCAUGUGGAACUUGUUUACACCGCAAACGGACAAGACCUUUUGGUCGAUGAUGACACAAUGCUCAAAAGCAUUCGGCUUCGUAGGUGGGCCGAUCUUUUUUGCCUUUGUCAGUUUCCUCGUCCACGGGAACCAGGCCAGUCAAGUGUCUCCAAUCAGCAUGAUGAGCUGGGCCUUCAUGGGUGGUUUCUUCAUCAAUGCCAUCGAGCUACUGCUCGCUGCCGCCGUCUUCCCCACGGUACUUCAGCAAGCAGACUGCGACUCAGGUCAGCUGCAGGCAGGAAGCGACGACGAACUGGAAAGGGCAGCAGGAACUCGCGUUGAACGCCUGAAUAUCGUGUACUAUUGCUACGAGCGCGGCUUCACCAUGUCCGCACUGGAGGUGUCCAUCAUUCUGAUUUUGCAAGACUCCUAUGGAUGGACUGAAAGUCUCAGUGGAAUAUCUUUCGCCAUUGUUGGAGCCGGGGGCAUAGUUAUGACAGGCCUCUCCGCUCUUCUAGCAUCUUUCAAGUGGCUCACCGAGUCCAAGAUCUUUUUGAGCAUUAUGUGUCUGGGAGCCUGCAGUUCCCUGUUGCUCUUUCGGCUUCGGUUUCUUGGCCCUAUCAGCCUCCUUUUUGCCGCCAUCGUCCUCUACGGCGGGGCCAGCGUUGCCAACGGCAUUGCAGAGGGCUGGGCGUGCCGUGCAGCAACUGCACGUACGAGCUACAGCAUCAAGGCUUAUCUAACGCACAGCAUGAUUGGCUUUAGCAUCUCCCGCUUUGCCGGACCGAUCAUCGCGGGAUUCCUCUUUGACAAUGGUGGCCAGAACCUCUACGCUGUGGCGCAGUCUGCUCUCUGCUUCCUCUCGGCGGGACUGGUGUACCGCACCGUCUCUUUGGUCUGGUAUGGAAUGGCUUGUGAAGAUUAG